AUGUUCGGCGGACAUUCGUUUGGCGCUGCUAGCAUAGUCCAAUUCCUCAAGUCGACUUACUACGCUGGCACAUCCGAGUUAUCAGCUAUCAAGGAGCCGCUCUUUACCCCAGCUCUCGACUCCAGGCUUCACGCGCAGAUCACCCCAAGAAACUUGACCGUCCUACUGGACAUGUGGUGUUUCCCGUUGCUCGCCGAAUCCACGGCUGCACUUUACCACCUGCCACUUCCGGUCUAUGCUGAUGUCCCGUCCGCACCUGGUGGUUCCGCGCUCCUCGCUGUCGAAUCCGAUACGUUCUACAAAUGGACCGAGCAUUUACACGUCACCGCAAGAGUUCUAUCUCCCGAACCGUCCGCCCCGGUCGUCACCCCUGGAGCGUACGAGCGGCCGGAGAGCAGAGUCAAGCUACCCGAGCCAAACUUCUUCUAUUGCCAGAAUAGCGCCCACCUUAACCAGUCGGACUUCGGCGUGCUCUUCCCGUGGCUGACGAAGAAGGUAUUUGGUUCGGAGGAGCCGGAGCGCGCAUUGCGGCUGAAUAUGAGAGCUAUACUGCAGCUGUUGCGAGUCAACGGCGUGCCUGUCGCGAGGACAUGGGUCGGAGACCUCGUCGACGGCUGUGACGAAGGGAAGCUAGGUGUCCAAGACGCCAGUGGCGAUAAGGGCCUGGAUGACGGCAUCCAGGACGAUAAGGCAAUCUUUGACCGUAGCAACAGCGGUGUGGUCGAAGCGUGGAGCUGGAUCGACAUCGUGGGCAUGGGAUCCGAGUCAGACGACAGCGGCAAGUCCUCCCAGCCGGAGGGCGUCGAAGGAGAGAGAGAAAUGGAGGGCGAGAUUGAACCCCAGUUGAGUGUCGAAGCUACGGCUGGCACGAUCUCGGCCACUGUAAGUGCUGCUGCAUGA